GGGAAAAAGUGGCGCAACAAACUCCGAUCCAUACAACAAGCACAGCUAUGUGGCCACCUGAAAGACAAUAAACUUUUUAACAAAUAGGCUAUGAAAAGUACAGGCUGGAUUUUUUUGUAUUUAAAAUAAACUUACACGAAGAAAAAACUAGUUCACAUGUCAACUGAAUUGACACAACACGUGUAAAUUUUGGAAUUUUGGAGAACUCUCUUUUAAAAUUAAUAGUGGUAUAUUUCCUUAAAUAAAAAUGCCGACGGCUUCAAGGAAAUCUGAACCCAAGGAUAAGGUGAAGGGGUCGAAAGGCGACCUUUAUUCUGGGUCUGAUCAAAAUGUCAAAAUCAUGAGAAUGGAUUCAGAGGGACCUGGAAGCAAGAUGUCGGCUCGUCUCCGUCGAAACAUGGAAAGAGUGGAGAUGCUGGCUCGGCCCAACUCUCGGCGACUGCGGUCGCUUUGGGACGAGAAGUGUGCUAUCCUGCCGCGCGAUCGCAGAGAUAAAAUUAAGAGCGCCUUGGAAGAGGACUACUUUCUUAGUCCUGAGCAAACCGAGCAAUAUUUCCAAGCUCUGAACGAGUCCUCUCGGCGUUGGUCCGGCCCGGGAGGCAUGGUCAGCCGUAAGGAACAUGUUGACAGAAGCAAGGAGUUGCGCCAAAGACAGAAGUGGCUGGUGAACUUUAGCGCGCAGGUGGCGUAUCGUUUAUGCGAUUACAUUGCAAAAGGUCAGAAGGAAAUGUUGGUCUCUAACCGCCUGAGAGCUAUCGCCGAUGUUGUUUUGGAGAGAGUUGCCGAAAUUCUGGGUGAACCAAAACCAACUCGCACCAACCCGGGCCGUCUCCCUCGGUUCAUGGUGGCGAUUUCGGACCGAAUCGCGGUCUGGAUCGAGAACGCGGUCUACCGAGCUGAUGCCAGCGAGCCCAUUGGAGCCGUGAAGGGAGGCGACGAGCACAUGCGGCUUGACGCCGAAAAACCUCUCAUAUGCUAAUGACAUAAGAUUCAGAUUGCAGCGGGGUGAGUUUGUUAUUUACGUCAUUUUAGAAUUUAGAAUUUCUGAAAAUAUUUCAAAUACAAAUUGUAAUGUUUAAGCUAAUUUGUGGUGGAAUUAGAAGCAAUAAACGCGAUUAUAAAUUCGAGAAGCGAUUGCUAGAUUUUCCAAGUAAAGAGACAUUUGAAUUCAUUUUAUGGACAUAUCUACUACAUUAUAAAAUAGAAAUAUGAUGGUAUAAUAGAAUUUUAUUGUACCUACUGCAAAUAAUGCAUUAAUCGAUUUUAAAAUGAGCUGAUGUAAUAAUAUCUUUGGAUUACAUAAAACUAGUGAUGCAGAAUACAAACUACGAUAGGAGUUGACCAUGUGAAACCAGGAAUUUGCUUAGUUUUUAGGCACCAAAGUUUUACUCUACCAUGAAAUCGUUUUUCAAUUUCUCCCAAAAAUUAACCCCUUUUGCAACUUUCUGUAGGCUGGAUAGGAUGACAGGAUCAUAAUCACGUUUUCAGCAAUGACUGAUGGCACCACCUAAAAACUGCUGGUUGACGGUUAAAACCUUGAAAACUGUAUGAUGUUGCAUUGUCCCUACAUCAGAAAAGAAAAACUAGAUAACUAUGUCAUGCAUAAUUUAUAAAGUAUUGUCACAAUCGUAUAAAUCAAUAGACUAUUCUUAAUUGAAACGCUUCCAUACUUCGCAUAUAAUGUGGACUAGCGAAUGACUACAUUAUAAAGCACCGCCUACAUUUUGAUCCAGUUAUGUAUAAUUAUAUACGUAACCUUAUAUACCAGUAUUUACACCGACAUUAUUGCUUCUAAUUGACACUUUUAUGUGCUUUGCAUACUUGAAAACAAAGAAGUUAAUAUGUUAUGUUCUGUAGCCUACACUUAUGAAUUUUCUAUGUGAUUUAACGACAACAUGGAGUAGAUAAUUGAAUCGAAUUUGAUUUGAAUAUA